AUGAACUUCGACCAUGAACUUUUCGGUCGCCUUCAUUCGUUUGCGAAGACAGCGCCAAACGACGACCCACUUGCCGCGACUGCCAUGGACACCAUGUACUCAAUCAACUCGAGAGAGUGCUUCCUUGUGGCCGUCCUUGGGCCAAGUGGGGCUGGCAAGAGCGCCGUGGUGAACUUCAUCACCAAUUCCAGUCGGACCGACCCUGCCUACUCCCCACUCAACUGUCGCCACAGGGACUAUACCCCCCGAGUCCACGCAUGGCACGCCCUGCGCCUGAUUGACAUCCCAGAAAUACCCCCAAGCACCAGUCCAAGGUGCCACUACCAGUCGUACCUCCUGCAGCACAUGAAUCUGCUCAUCUUUGUCGGCCAAGACGGUCGCAUUUCCCCGGUCGAUAUGGAGUUGAUCCAACUGACGCAACAACAGGACCGCCCUGCCAUGUACAUCAACACACGGAUGGACCUGUCGUGCGCCAACUACCGCCACGACCACGACUUGAACUCGUCCGAGUCCGACGUGUUCGACCAGCUCAAGAGGGCGUUUCUGUCGUCUUCGCCCUUUAAUAGCCUGAACCUGCCCGUGUCCUUCGUGGAUGUGUCGACUAAGAAGCCUCUUCCGUUCCUGUACGACAACCAUCGGUGCCUCCAGCAAUUCCUAGACUUCGUUGACCAGCCGCCGACCACCCCCAUGAACAUCGACGACCUGCCGAGUAGUGCCAUUUCCCUACCUAUUGAACACCCGCAGUUGACUUCGCCGACUAGUUUGCCAUCCCUAAAAGAAAUACUACUGCCGUCGCUUCGACCAUUUCUUGGCGUGCAUGACCACAUAGUACCGUUGCCACCCCAAGGCAAAGUGAUUCAACCCGUCAACCCCGCUGGAAAAUGGACCCAAGACGAAGAUGAUCGGUUAAGGGCUGGCAUCGAGAUUCACGGACCUCGCAAUUGGAAGGCCAUUGCGAGUAUGGUGCGCAACAGAAACCACGCGCAGUGUCUGCAGCGAUGGAGGAAGGUGCUGCUGCCUGGCCUGCGUAGGGGCAACUGGACCUGCGACGAGGAUGUGCUGCUGCAAGCCCAGAUUCGCCUGCACGGGGGACACGACAAGCUCAACUGGUCCGCCGUGGCGGGGGGCGUCCCUGGACGAACGGCCAAGCACUGCCAAGAGCGGUGGAGAAACUAUUUAAACCCAGCUAUCAAGCGAGGACCGUUCGAUGGGGAAGAGCUAGACCAGCUCCUGGGUCUUUACGAGUUGUGGGGCAACCAGUGGACGCGCAUCUCGGACGCGAUUCCGGGUCGGUGCCCUGUGGAUUGCAAAACCACGUGGCAGUCGAUGCAUCCACAACACAAGCUCAACCCCCGUCCAGGCCCUGGAAGGCCCAAGCGCUUUGGGUAG